GUGUUCGUGACAGCUGUCAGGUGGCUGUUGUAGAGCUACGUGUUUGUUUACACGUUUAAAGAAUUUUAUACAAUUUCCACGUAAGAGUUUUAUUACAUUACGGAUAUUAAUAAUAAUUAACGUAGGCUAUUGUUAGAGAUAAGCAAACAUAUCUGUUCCUUAUCUUCUGCUGAGUUAGAGUGUUAAAAGAUUCAGAAAUUCCUCUUACGAAGUUCAGAAAAUAGUCGCCAAAACUAUGUUGAAGGCAAUUAUAUUGAUUGGAGGGCCCCAAAAAGGGACUAGGUUCAGACCAUUAUCCUUAGAUACUCCAAAGCCCCUAUUCCCAGUAGCUGGUUUGCCUCUGAUACAACACCACAUUGAAGCAUGUGUUCAAAUGGAGGAUUUGAAAGAGAUCCUUCUCAUUGGAUUUUAUCCCAUGGCGCAGAUACAACCCUUUGUGAAUGAGAUGCAAAGCCAGUACAAGAUCAUUAUAAGAUAUCUACAAGAGUUUACAGCUCUGGGCACAGCUGGUGGGCUAUUUCACUUCAGAGAUCAAAUAAGGUGUGGAAAUCCUGAUGCAUUUUUUGUGCUUAAUGGAGAUGUCUGUGCUGAUUUUCCAUUGGCUGAAUUGUAUCAGUUUCACAAAGAACAACCUACCAAAUGUAACAACACUGCCCUGGUCACUAUAAUUGCUACAGAGGCUACAAGACAACAAAGUUUGAACUAUGGCUGCAUAGUCGUCAAUAAAGAUACUAUGGAAGUAACUCAUUAUGUGGAAAAGCCAAGUUCAUAUGUUUCAUCUUUGAUAAAUUGUGGAAUUUAUGUAUUUUCACUUGAAAUAUUCCAAACUCUUGAAGAAAUGUUUAACAGAAAACAACAAAAGAUAUAUAGUAAUAUGAAUGGAAAUGGACCAACUGUAAAUGGUAACUCCCCACCUGGAAAUGAUCGUGAUGUAGGGUAUAUACAGUUAGAACAAGAAAUUUUGCAGCCCUUAUCAGGUAGUGGAAGGGUGUUUGCCAUGCCUGUUACAUCCUGGUGGUCACAACUAAAAACAGCAGGAGCGGCAAUAUAUGCGAAUAGACACUAUCUCCAGUUGUAUCGUAGGAAACAUCCUGAAAGACUAGCAAAGCCAUCUGGUGGUGGUGGAGAUGGAUGUACUAUCAUUCCUGACGUUCACAUUAAUUCAACAGCUUCAGUGCAUCAUACAGCUGUUGUAAGUUCACAGAAACUUCCAAUGCCAUGAUCUGACCUGUAAAGCUUGAGGAGGUUUAACCCCAAAUGAAAAAUGUGGCAACUGUGCGUCAGUUGCGUCUGACCGCGUCGUGUCACGGACUAUUUUAUAAUUAAUCGCUUGGAAAAAUACGAAUAUAAUUUCGUCGAAUUCCUUACCUGUGUCAACCAUGGAGAGCCUAGAACCCUAGAGAUUUGAAACUUGGGGCCCAAUGUGAGUAUCGGUCCAGGAGUAGUGGUAGGAGCAGGCGUUAGGAUCAAAGAAAGUAUUGUACUGGCCAAUGCUAUCAUUGAAGAAAGAAGUCUUGUACUACAUAGCAUCAUAGGAAAAAAUUCUCGGAUAGGAAAAUGGGCCAGAGUGGAAGGUACUGCUACAGAUCCAGACCCAAAUAAACCAUUCGCGAAAAUGGACAAUCUGCCACUGUUUAGCACUGAAGGAAAACUCAACCCUUCAAUCACAAUCCUAGGGUGUUCGGUGAGUGUUUCAGCAGAAACGGUUCUUUUAAACUCUGUUGUACUGCCUAACAAGGAACUCUCAAGAAGCAUCAAGAAUGAAAUCAUUUUAUAAUUUUUUACAUAUUUAUUUUGCAUCAAGAAAUAUAUUCUAUUAGGGAAGAUCUUCAAAUUAAUAGUAAAGCAAAACUUAUGUGGAACUUUUGCCAGAAUAUUAUUAUAUAUAAUGAAUUUAUUUUUAAAAAUAUAUAUACUUUGGUUAUAUUAUUUACAUAUUUUAUGUAUGUUUUUUGUAUCUCAUAUUUUUUAUAUUUCUUCAUAUUUUUAAAAUGCAACGUAUCCA